AUGAAGAGACUACACAACAAGAAGCAGUCUAUAGAAGAGGGGCGAAUAGACGAGCAUGUCCUCGUUGCCAUGACAAAACUCGAGCAUGUCCAUCGGGCGGCCAGAAAAGGAUCCCAGAAUAAUAAAGGGCUUCCAAAGCCCGGCACGUUCCACCAGAAGCCUUACGUUAACAAAUACCCGGAAUCUGCAUGUAUCUCUUCGCCAGCAAUA